AUGGGCUCAGAGCUGGAGACCGCGAUGGAGACUCUCAUCAACGUGUUCCACGCCCACUGCGGGAGGAGGGGAGACAAGUACAAGCUGAGCAAGAAGGAGCUAAAAGAGCUGCUGCAGACCGAGCUCUCUGGCUUCCUGGACGCCCAGAAGGAUGCAGACGCUGUGGACAAGGUGAUGAAAGAGCUAGACGAGAAUGGAGAUGGGGAGGUGGACUUCCAAGAGUAUGUGGUGCUGGUGGCUGCCCUCACAGUGGCCUGUAACAACUUUUUCUGGGAGAACAGUUGAGCAGGACAGCCCCAGGGGGCAGCGCCCUUCCCCUUCUCCCUGCUUCCCCCUUACCCCAUUUUUCCCUUCCUACUCUCCUACCCUUGUCCACCCUCCACCGAGGGCGCAAGAGUAGUGGGCCCGGCCUGCAACUCAUCUUUAAUUAAAGGCUCUUCUCUCGCCA